GUGCCUGACGCAUGCGCAUUGCGUGACUCGUCUUGGCCGUUCAGCAGGGCGGUUUGCUGCCCGGGCCGAGCGGGGGCGUUCAGACGCGCGACUCCCCCUGACUCGCGUGUUCGGGGCAGUAACGUGUGAACGAAGGCAAGAGGCAGUGCAGGGACGGGGGCCUCCUUCCGAGUAAGUGACCGGGCGGCAGGAGGUCCCGACUCCUCCUCGGUGUCUUGCGACUGGCAAAUGGAUAAAUUCCUAGUCCGAGGAGCUCUUAAACUCACACCAGAGAAGAGAAAGCAUCAGCCAGAGGAAGAGGAUACAGACUGUACCAAGGAAAAGAACGGAGUGGAGGAGAAAAGACCCAGGCUCCCUGUAGCCCCCCUGGCUGAGCCCCACCAGAUGCAGACCAGCCCUUGGAGGGAAAUUCGGGCUGAGGGGUUGAACUGCAGCUACACAGUCCUGUUUGGCAAAGCCAAGGCUGAUGGGCUCUUCCAGGAAUUGGAAAAGGAAGUAGAAUACUUUGAAGGAGAUUUGACCAAACUGCAGGUCUUCGGCAAGUGGCACAACAUUCCAAGGAAACAGGUGACCUACGGCGACUCUGGGUUGACCUACACUUACUCGGGUGUCACCUUCUCCCCCAAACCAUGGAUUCCAGUUCUGGAGCAUAUCAGGGACCAGGUCCAGCAGGCCACAAGCCACACCUUCAACUUUGUUCUUAUUAACAGAUACAAAGAUGGACACGAUCACAUCGGGGAGCACAGGGACGACGAGAGGGAGCUGGUCCCUCGCAGCCCUAUCGCUUCCGUCUCCUUUGGGGCCUGCAGGGACUUUGUCUUCCGGCACGGGGCUUCCCGAGGCAGAAGAACCUCACGCCGCAUCGAGGCCAUCAAGGUGCAGCUGGAACACGGCAGUUUGCUGAUGAUGAACUUCCCCACCAACCGCUACUGGUACCACAGUUUGCCCAGCCGCAAGAAGGUCUUGGCUCCGAGAAUCAACCUCACCUUUCGGAAAGUGAUGACCAUCUAGCACCGGAGGGGCGGGAUGCACGCCUGUUGUUUCCACCUGCCCAUCCCUCUUGAAAUGGAUCCUCUUUUAAAGUCAUCGACAGCCGCCUUCUUAAUCACUUCCGUAGGAGGGCAGCACAAAAUGUGGAUGGGCCAUGCCUGAAAGUAUCCCUGCUUCGGUGUUUUUGAACCAGGAAGUUAAGGGAACCCGUGAGCUCAGCUGAACAUUUGAGCAUCACUAUGGUAGACCUGUAGCAAAGACCAGUGUUUUGGUACUGGUUUUGUUCACGUUUGAGGUGACCGCUUGGUCUGUACAGGUUGGCUGAUGUGCCUUCAGUGGUCUCGUUUUGAUGGUGCAGCUGCAGAAAAGGGAGAGGGGGCUGUACCUUGUUCUGGUUAUGCCUCCCUUCUGAACUGGGAACAGAACGUGCUAGGACUGUGUUCCACAGCAGUUCUAAAGUAGUCUCUACCCAGAAGAAUUGACACAGUCAUCUAGGCCUGAUCCAGCAGUUUGACAUUACAGCUGGAAGCCCUUAUUCCACUCACUGGCAUCCAGAUUGGUCACUGCUCCUUGCUUUCAGGAGAAUCCUAUUUCUCCCUCUUAUCCUGGAGCCAGUAUUAGGCAACUUUCUACCACAGUAGAGACAGUUCGGUGUGGUGGUUGAGUGUGCAGACACUUACCUGGGAGAACUGGGUUUGAUUCCCCACUCCUGCACUUGCAGCUGCUGGAAUGGCCUUGGGUCAGCCAUAGCUACUGGAGGAGUUGUCCUUCAAAGGGCAGCUGCUGUCAGAGCUCUCUCAGCCCCACCCACCUCACAGGGUGUUAGUUGUUGGGAGGAAGGAGAAGGUAAAGGAGAUUGUGAGCAGCUCUGAGACUAAGAGUAUAGGGUGGGAUAUAAAUCCAAUAUCAUCACAAUCUUAGCCAUGUACAAUCAGUGCACAGAGGAAAUCAGUGCACAGUACAAUCAGUGCACAGAGGAAAUCUAAGGCUGAAGACAGCCUUUCCCCCCCCCCUCACUUUCAAGAGACCUGAAUGUGGGUUUAGGAGCUACAGAAUGUUUUUAAAACACUUGUCAAGGUAACAGGGUUUGCAGAGCCUGAGAACUAUAUAAAAGCCUUCCAGGCCUGUUUGCCAGAGUCCCAGGAGUUGGAAGGAUUAUAUACUCAGCAGCGAGUCAAGCUUUCUGAAAAACCCUGGUUCCAGGCUACAAAUGUGAUUUUUGUUUUUGAGCUACUCAGUUGGGAUGUUGCUGUCUCAAAUACAGACCGCAAUUCAAAAACACUUUAUCAAUAAAAAUCAGUCUGCCAGAAACACAUCCA